CUAGGAUCUCUUAUUACUCGCCAGUUUCAACCCCAUAGAACGUUCCACUCUUCACCUUGUUCUCUCUUUAGAGCCACAAGUAGAUUCGCAAUGUCUAACGAAUUUCUCUGCAUUCUCCCCGACAAGCCCGACGCGCAGGCGAAAAGACUUGAGGUCCGAUCGAAACACCUUGAAGGCGUGAAACCGCUCGUUGAGGCCGGGAAGGUAGUUGUUGGUGGCGCAAUGCUCAACGCGCACCCAUCUGAAGGCGAAACGCCCUCGUUCAAGGGGAGUAUGCUCAUUGUCCUUGGCGAAAAAGAAGAAGAUGCAUGGGAGGUUAUCCGGAAUGAUAUCUACACCAAAUCGGGGGUUUGGGAUCUGAAUGCAGCGCAGGUUAUUCCGUUCAAGUCUGCGGUUAGGGUUGGAGCGUAAAUGGAUGUUGGUUAUUUGAUAGUAUAGAUCGUAUGUACUUUGGUAUUCAUG